AUGACCUUCAUGAAAACCAUGUGGAAGUCUAUCUUCCCGGGUUGUUAUAAGGGUGGAUAUCCCUCUCCGAAGCCAAAGAAAGUGGUGGCUACAAAGACAAACACUUCUCACAGGAUUUCUGUGAUGGAUUUGAGUUAUCCAAGCACGACUCUUUCUGAGGAUCUCUCCAUUUCUCUAGCGGGGACUAACCUCCAUGUUUUCACACUUGCUGAGCUCAAGAUUAUCACGCAGUCUUUCUCUUCUAGCAACUUUCUAGGAGAAGGUGGGUUCGGACCAGUGCAUAAAGGGUUCAUUGAUGACAAGCUUAGGCAUGGCCUUAAGGCUCAACCCGUGGCUGUUAAGCUCUUGGACUUGGAUGGCUCGCAGGGCCACAAAGAGUGGUUGACUGAAGUUGUUUUCCUGGGGCAACUAAGGCAUCCACAUCUGGUGAAGCUGAUAGGAUACUGUUGUGAAGAAGAACACAGACUUUUGGUAUAUGAAUAUUUACCAAGAGGAAGCUUGGAGAAUCAGUUAUUUAGAAGAUUCUCAGCAUCACUGCCAUGGUCAACGAGAAUGAAAAUUGCUGUUGGGGCUGCCAAGGGUCUAGCCUUUCUUCAUGAAGCCGAGAAGCCAGUCAUCUAUAGGGAUUUCAAAGCUUCAAACAUCUUGUUAGACUCAGAUUACAAUGCAAAGCUAUCUGAUUUUGGGUUGGCAAAAGACGGUCCCGAAGGAGAUGACACCCACGUUUCAACCCGAGUUAUGGGCACACACGGUUACGCAGCCCCAGAAUAUGUCAUGACAGGUCACUUGACAGCAAUGAGUGAUGUGUAUAGUUUUGGGGUAGUGCUUUUGGAGCUGCUAACAGGGAGACGAUCAGUGGAUAAGAAUCGUCCUCCAAGGGAGCAGAAUCUAGUGGAGUGGGCAAGGCCAAUGUUGAAUGAUUCAAGGAAACUAAGUAGGAUAAUGGACCCUAGACUUGAAGGGCAAUAUUCUGAGAUGGGGACCAAAAAAGCAGCAGCAUUGGCUUAUCAAUGCCUCAGCCAAAGGCCUAGGAGCAGACCGUCAAUGAGCACAGUGGUUAAGACCCUUGAGCCUCUCCAGGAUUUUGAUGACAUUCCAAUUGGAACAUUUGUUUACACUGCUCCACCAGAUCAAAACAAUGAAGUGCAUAACAGGGAUGCAAGGGAGCAAUUUGAUGCACCUAGAAAGAGGGAAAAUAGCAAUGGCCAACACCUUCACAGGAACCACCAUCUUAACAGGCAUCAUCCGCUGAAGUCCCCCAAGACCCCAAAGCCACAAUCACACUCAAAUUUACGCCCACUGAAUGAUCACAACAAACCUAGAAAUGGUAGAGGAAGUGGAUCAAACUCUCCUCCAUCACACGUGAAAAGGCCAGGAAUCAUUGCCUAA